AUGUAUAUAUAUCUAUUUAAAUCUGAUCCAUUUAUAUCUAUCUAUCUAUCUAUCUAUCUAUCUAUCUAUCUCAGUCUGUUCAUAUCUAUUCUGUUCAUAUCUAUGUGUCUAUUUAAAUUUGUCCAUUUCUUUCUAUCUAUCUAUUCUAUCUAUCUAUCUCAGUCUGUACAUAUCUAUCUAAAUCUUCCAGUCUAUCUAUCUAUCUAUCUGUCUAUCUCAAUUGUUUUCUAUCUAUCUAUCUAUCUAUCUAUCUAUCUAUGUAUCUUGAAUAUCACAUUUAUCAAUUCAUUUUUAUCUAUCUAUCUAUCUAUCAUCAAUCUGUUCAUUAUUCUAUCUAUCUAUCUAUCUAUCUAUCUAUUUAUCAUUAUCUAUCUAUCUAUUUAUUUUAUAUUCAUUAUCUAUCUAUCUAUCUUCUCAUUAUCUAUCUAUCUAUCUAUCUCAAUUUGUAAUUAUCUAUCUAAUGGAAAUCUAUCUAUCUUCUUUCUGUCUAUCUAUCUAUCACAGUCUGUUCAUUAUCUAUCUAUCUAUCUAUCUAUCUAUCUAUCUAUCUGUCUCAGUUUGUUCAUUAUCUAUCUAUCUUUCUGUCUAUCUAUUUAUCUAUUUACCUAUCUAUCUAUCUAUCUCAUCUCUUCAUUAUCUAUCUAUCUAUCUAUCUAUCUAUCUAUCUAUCACAGUCUGUUCAUAUAUAUAUAUAUAUAUAUAUCUAUCUAUCUAUCUAUCUAUCUAUCUAUCUAUCUAUCUAUCACAGUCUGUUCAUAUCUAUCUAUCUAUCUAUCUAUCUAUCUAUCUAUCACAGUCUGUUCAUAUCUAUCUAUCUAUCUAUCUAUCACAGUCUUUUCAUUAUCUAUCUAUCUAUCUAUCACAGUCUGUUCAAUAUCUAUCUAUCUAUCUAUCUAUCUAUCUAUCACAGUCUGUUCAUAUCUAUCUAUCUAUCUAUCUAUCUAUCUAUCUAUCACAGUCUGUUCAUAUCUAUCUAUCUAUCUAUCUAUCUAUCUAUCUAUCACAGUCUUUUCAUUAUCUAUCUAUCUAUCUAUCUAUCUAUCUAUCUAUCUAUCUAUCUAUCAUCACAGUCUGUUCAAUAAUAUCUAUCUAUCUAUCUAUUAUCUAUCUAUCUAUCUAUCUAUCACAUCUAUCUAUCAUCUAUCUAUUUCAUAUCUAUCUAUCUAUCUAUCUAUCUAUCUAUCUAUCUAUCUAUCACAGUCUUUUUCAUUAUCUAUCUAUCUAUCUAUCUAUCACAGUCUGUUCAUUAUCUAUCUAUCUAUCUAUCUAUCUAUCUAUCACAGUCUGUUCAUAUCUAUCUAUCUAUCUAUCUAUCUAUCUAUCUAUCUAUCUAUCAUUUUGUUUCAUAUUUCAUUUGUACGUUUUUCCUUGUUUUUCCUUAUUAACUUUAUCUCCUGA